CGGAGUGAAUGGCAUUUUUCCAGUGUUAUUUUUUUGUUCGCUUGGUUUUUAUCAAUCUGCCAGCCUUUGGCUGACGGUCUGCAGUCCGGAGGGCUUAUCUGGAUAUUGAUGAACCUGUAUUCUUAAUUCGUCAUCAUGAACUACUCCUACACGGCGCUCUCAACUGCCCAUGGCGGGCCUGGAGGAUUUGGCGGCGUGGACUAUCACAAUCGCUGCUGCGGAAACAGGACCUGGUGCGUCAAGGACAUUUGCGGUAUCGUGUGCGUCAUAAUGACAUGGCUCCUCAUUCUGUUCGCCGAGUUCGUAGUCAUGCGGCUCAUACUGCUGCCCAGCAACUACACAGUCUUCAGCACCAUAAACAUGGCUAUAUUCCAGGCAUUGGCCUUUUUGGCAUUUGCCUCCCACAUACGCACAAUGCUAUCGGACCCGGGUGCUGUGCCCCGUGGCAACGCCACCAAGGAGAUGAUUGAGCAGAUGGGUUACCGGGAGGGCCAAAUGUUCUACAAGUGCCCCAAAUGCUGCAGCAUCAAACCGGACAGGGCACAUCAUUGCUCCGUCUGUCAGCGAUGCAUCCGAAAGAUGGAUCACCACUGCCCGUGGGUCAACAACUGCGUGGGCGAGAAUAACCAGAAGUACUUUGUGCUCUUCACAUUCUACAUUGCCUCGAUUUCAGUACACACGCUCUUCCUGGUGCUUACCCAGUUUGCAGAGUGUGUGAAGAACGACUGGCGCACUUGCUCGCCGUACUCGCCGCCGGCCACCAUUUUUCUGCUGCUCUUUCUCACCUUCGAGGGGCUUAUGUUUGGAAUUUUCACCAUAAUAAUGCUGGCCACUCAGCUGACGGCAAUACUGAACGAUCAAACGGGAAUCGAACAGCUGAAGAAGGAGGAGGCUCGGUGGGCCAAGAAAUCGCGCCUCAAAAGUAUACAGUCUGUGUUUGGACGCUUCUCGCUCGCCUGGUUCUCGCCCUUCACGGAACCCUCCUGCCGGAAAAAGUUUAGCCCGCACUUCUACUCGGUCUGAGAUGGAAUCAGAGUUCGUGCCCGAUCCGAUUUAACAAUACGAGGAAUCAAGACGUACAAGGACAGCCAGCGGAGUUCUUCGCUUGUUGCGCCCAUCCAUGUGCAAUAUUGUACAUAUAUUGCAAGCACUAUUUUUCGAUCAAAUGUCGACUAUAUUUUCUAAUUAUGCGUGUGUGUAUUUGUGUGUAAAUGUUAGGCCCUAAGGAUAAGAAUAAAAAGUAAAAGCCUUGGCCAGGUCGACAGUGGUACUUACUAAAGAGAGCCGCACAAGGUA